CAUUCUUAUAUAUAAUUCAACCAUUACAGCUAAAACUCAUAUAUUGAUCCAUUUGAUCAGUUUCUUCCUCUCAGCUGUAUCUCUCUUGCUUUUGAUUCUUUUUUGUUUUUGUAUUACCAGUUUUUUCAUCAUGUACCCACCAACCCAAGAAACAUCCUACACAAACUCAUCAGCACCUGUGUUUCAGCAGCCUAAUUCUGCAAACCAGUAUUACAAUGACAAUCCUCGGUACCCCCUCUCUCACCACCAUGGACAUGAAGGAGCUUGGUCCUCGGGACUCUGCGACUGCGGCUCCGACGUCAAAAAUUGCUGCAUAACAUUUUGGUGCCCGUGUAUCACUUUCGGACAGAUUGCUGAGAUCGUAGAAAAAGGAACAACAUCUUGUGCAACGACUGGGGCAAUUUAUGCGAUACUGGCAUGUUUUACUGGAUGUGGAUGCAUAUACUCGUGCAUGUAUCGAUCUAAACUAAGGCACCAGUACAUGUUACCUGAGAGUCCCUGCAACGAUUGUUUGGUCCAUUGCUGUUGCGAGGCUUGUGCCCUUUGUCAAGAGUACAGAGAGCUUAAAAGCCGUGGAUUUGAUAUGUCUAUUGGAUGGCAAGGAAAUGUUGAGAGACAGAAAGGUGGAGUGGCAAUGGCACCAGUGUUUCAAGCAGGCAUGACUCGGUAGAAUGAUCCAUAUUAAUUAAGACAUCAAAAUCAUGUUGGUUUGCCGAGUGUGACUUUUUUAUUUGAUCAAUAUUUUAAUAGGUUUUGAUUAGUUGAAUCAAAUGGUCUGUGACAUAAUCCAUCAGUGAUGAAGAAAUAUGCUUUAAAUUUAUUUGUAUUUGUAUUUUUUUUUUCUUCUUUUUGAUGCAUUAGAUAAUCAUUUGAGAAUGGUUGACUAUCCUUAAUUGUUGGUGAUGUAUUCCAUUCCAUUCCAUUAUAUGUUACUCUUGUGGGUUGUUUUCUUUUUUU